ACUCCGCAAUGUAGGUAUUUCCGAGGCCCUGUAUUGUUCCCGGCGAGUGGUUUCUUGAAGUCGCGAUGUGUGAUUGUGGCUGAAAAACAGUAUUUUAUGUAUAGGUCUCUAAGAGGCACCAGAUGGCCUUGGUAAAACAAAGCCGAUGGGUCCGUAACGGACUGAGUAAGAAGAGAACUUGACACCACCGGAAGACAGUAACUGUUGGGAGUGUGACGCUGUCUUCCCGAACAUGUACUUUCCUGUUUACUUCCGGGUUGGAUUGAACCUCUUCAGCCUCCGUAAUUGAGUCAAAAGUGCCGGUCAAAAUGGAAGUGAAUCCCCCCAAACAGGAGCACCUGCUGGCCCUGAAAGUGAUGCGUUUAACUAAGCCUACUUUAUUCACCAACAUUCCAGUAACAUGUGAAGAAAAAGACUUACCUGGAGAUCUCUUUAACCAACUCAUGAGAGAUGAUCCUUCCACUGUAAAUGGUGCAGAAAUUUUAAUGUUGGGAGAAAUGUUGACUUUACCACAGAAUUUCGGGAAUAUUUUUUUGGGAGAGACCUUUUCCAGUUAUAUCAGCGUUCACAAUGAUAGCAAUCAAGUUGUAAAAGAUAUAUUGGUAAAAGCUGAUCUUCAGACAAGCUCUCAGCGUUUAAACCUUUCAGCCUCCAAUGCUGCAGUAGCUGAACUUAAACCUGAUUGUUGUAUUGAUGAUGUCAUACAUCAUGAAGUAAAGGAAAUUGGAACACACAUCUUGGUGUGUGCGGUGAGUUAUACAACCCAGGGUGGAGAAAAAAUGUAUUUUAGAAAAUUCUUCAAAUUUCAGGUUCUGAAACCACUGGAUGUGAAAACCAAAUUUUACAAUGCAGAGAGUGACCUCAGUUCUGUGACUGAUGAAGUAUUUCUGGAAGCCCAGAUUCAGAAUAUUACAACCUCACCCAUGUUUAUGGAGAAAGUCUCGUUGGAGCCAUCUAUAAUGUACAAUGUAGCAGAAUUAAAUUCAGUCCACCAAGCUGGAGAAUGUGUAACUACGUUUGGGUCAAGAACAUAUUUGCAACCAAUGGAUACACGCCAGUACUUGUACUGCCUAAAACCCAAAAAGGAGUUUGCAGAAAAAGCAGGCAUCAUUAAGGGAGUAACAGUAAUCGGAAAAUUGGAUAUAGUGUGGAAAACAAAUCUAGGUGAAAGGGGACGAUUACAGACCAGCCAACUUCAAAGAAUGGCUCCAGGUUAUGGAGAUGUUAGGUUAUCUUUGGAGGCAAUCCCAGAUACCGUAAACCUAGAAGAACCUUUUCAUAUUACCUGUAAAAUAACAAACUGCAGCAGUGAAAGGACUAUGGAUCUGGUUUUGGAAAUGUGCAAUACCAAUUCUAUCCACUGGUGCGGCAUUUCAGGAAGACAGCUUGGAAAGUUACAUCCAAGUUCUUCUCUCUGCCUUGCCCUUACUCUACUGUCUUCAGUACAGGGACUGCAAAGCAUCUCCGGCUUAAGACUAACAGACACGUUUUUAAAGAGAACAUAUGAAUAUGAUGACAUCGCACAAGUCUGUGUGGUAUCUUCGGCCAUUAAAGUGGAAAGCUGAAGAAAAUUUCCAGUGUUAACGCUUUUCAUUGAGUUUCAACAGAACUUUCUGUAUUUUUGUCACCUUUGUAAAAUGAUCAACAGAAAAAAUAAGUACAUAUUAUUUAAAUUUCUUUCCUUUACAACAGUUAAAGUACUAAGUAUUUGUUUUCAAAAAAAACGCAUCUACUGAUUUUAUCCUGUAAGUUAUAUGCUAAAUUAACAUUUGUACAUUUUCUACACAACGUCUAUUUGAUUUCAUUUUAGAAGACUAUAGGACUUUGUUCUCCAAAAGCUCUGUAUUUGAGGCCAUGUGUCCCUGGGACAAGGAUUAGGAAAAUUUUUAGGUCAAGAGUCGGAUACUAAAUAUUUUAGGCUUUGCAGGCCAUGUGGUUUCUGUUGAAAGUACCCCACUGCUUUUGUAGUAUGUGAGUGUAUUCAGUAGGCAACAGGAACACGGUGAUGUUUACAAAACUGGGCAGCUGGCCUGCAGGCCAUAGUUGCCGGCCUCGAUUUGGAAGAUACAGUUAUUUCUUCAUACUUCAGAAUUUGUGUAAUAUUUUAUUUAGAAAUAUUUCAUUUAACCCCCGUGUUUACAGAAAAUGUUUAAAACAACAGGGAUAGCCCUCAUGUAACCUUACAUUUGCUAACACUAUGAAUUUGUCUAGUUGUUUUCAAAAUUAUUGUAUUGGUAUGUAUCUGUGUUUGUGUAUACAUACAAACACACACAUCUAAGUUUCAGUUACAGCAGAUCAGAAUUGGUUUUAUUUCUUAGAUUGUUAAUUACUCUGUUAACUUUUAAUUAAGAAGCCUGAUAAUUUUUAAGUCCAAAAGUCCUGUUUUUAUUCCCAUUAAAAAAUAAGCCACUUAUUUUCAUAGGCAUAUUUAAAGGAUUUCCAGCUUCUGAUAUUUGAUUUUGAAUUCUAAAUUAUGUAAUAUUAUUAAACUUUGUAUUUCUGCAUGUAAUUACACUAAUUUACUUAUGCCAUGAACAAAACAAUGAAAAGUUAAGAUUCUAAACAACUUUGCAACAUGAAUGUACUAAAAGUUUCAAUAUUUUGUCAGGAAAACAAAAGGUAAUGCUGUUAAAUAAAAACUUAUUUUGGUAAAUUGCAGUUCAAGAAUGUAUAUAUAAUUGCUUAAAUGUAAGAGUACAUUAAGUCAAAUAGAAAAAUUGGUUUUCCUUAAAUGCAUAAUUAUCGAUUGCCAUGACAAAUUGGUCCAAAGUGAAAGUUAUAUUUGGAGUGAGAUUUACCCCUUAAAUUGGAAUGAUAAUGAAAUGUCUGUGCAAAAUAAAGUACAAGAAGUGUAAAAUGUCUGUCUUCCAAAAUGAGUAAAAUUAAGUGACGAAUAAGAUUUUAUAGCCAUUUCACUGGGUGUUUUGAUUGUUUGUUAAGCAUCUUUUCAUGACUGAGCCUUCUAUUUUACUCUGUUUCAAAUUUUAAAAGUAACAUAUAUAAUGGUCACUUGAAAUGUGCUAUAUAAUUUGACUUAAUUACAAAGUCUAUAAGCAAUAACCUAGACAUAUAUUGUUCAUUCUUUAAGUAAAGGUUAAAUAAUGUCAUCUUAGAAAGGACCUGUUUAAACCAUAUUAUAAAAAUUAGAUAAACAAUUUGGUAUAUUAAAUGAAAAUGUAAUUUGAAUAAAAAGGACAUUUUAAGUUUAACAGCAUGGUAACAGCUACAGCUACUACAAUGUAAUGUGGUUAAUGGAAGUUAAUCAUUCCUAAGUAGACUGUAUAUAAAGAUUUACCUCAAUGCUCUCUUGUUCUAGAUAAGCAAAGAAUGCUAUUGGGGGCAUUCCUUAAAAUUUUAAGAGUAGCUAGCAAAUCCAACUACACAAAACUUUUUUGAAAUGCAGUGAUUCCAACGUGAUGAAGGUACUUGAAAAGCAAAACUGGCUUGAAUUCAAUGGAAAUCCAGGUAAGUGGAAGAUAUCAUCUAGAAUGAAUUUGUUAUAGGUGGUAUAUUAGCAAAAAAACUAAACUGGAAUGGAAAAAAGGAAGAAAUACACCAAUUCCCAUUACUUCUUAAAAAAAAGAAUGACUACCUUCACAACAGAUACUAGCAAAUCAAGACAUUGUUUCAAAGUGUUUUUUCAUAUAAUGUCUUUGUCUGAUUUUGGUAUUAGAGUAAUAGGUAUAUAAAAUGAGUUUGGAAAUGUUUCUUCCUCUUCUAUUUUCUGGAAGAGAUUGUAUAGAGUUGAUAUUAUUUUACCUUAAGUGUUUGGCAGAAUUUCCCAUUGAAAUCAUCUGGGGUUAUUGUAGUUUUCUUUUCUGGAAGAUACCUAUUUCUUCCGUGAGAUUUAUUUUGUCUAAGUUGUUAAAUAUAUGGACCUAGAGUUCAUUGUGUUAUUUUCUAAUGAUCCUUUUAAUGUCUACAGGAUAUCUGCAGUAAUAUCUCCUUUCACUUCUGAUACUGUUGAUUUGUAUUUUCUCUAUUUUCCUAGUCAGUAAGCUGGAGGCUUAACCAAUUUUAUCAAUCUGAAAGCAUUUUUAAUGCACUCAAGAUGGUUAUACUAGAAACUUAUACUUACUGAACACUGAGUAAGAGUGACUAAUUCUUAAUUAAGGAUCAACUUUGCUUUUUUUUCAUCAGUCAUCACUUUCAUUUAGUACUUAUUUUGUGUAACACUUGAACACUAGAAGCUGAAUUUAACUUAUGAAAAAUUAAGUUAAUUUAGAUGGAAUAUAGGACAUUUAAUUCAGAGGGCCUAAGACUCAAGUCCUGUUCUUCUCUGGCCAAAACUGUGUGUUUGUGUAGGUCUUCAUUGUAGCCUGAACUCAGGGGGAUUAGGUAUUUGCUGGUCUCACUGAGGAGAAAUUUCUAACCUAGUGCUGCUCUAAUUUAGAGUCUUUGGAUCUAUAUCAGAACCACCUGGUGUAACUGUUUAAAAUGGUGAUUUAUUAUUAUAGGACCUACUUCAUAAAAAUUGAAAGUGUGGUCCUGCAUCUGCAUUUUUAACAAAUACCCUGGUGAUGAUUCUUACAGUGAAAUUAUAGAACCACUGGUCUAAUCUCACAAAGGAAAAGAAAGGAAACAUUGGUUUUUAAACUUCAAGAUAAUAAGUAGUCUUUUGAGAAUAGUUAGAGUAAGGCCCUGAUCAUCAGCAUUACUUUAUUUUUGUUUUUUCUCAAGCACUUGUGAAAUCAUGACAGGUCUGCCCAACUUAACCAAUUUCAUAAUUAACAAACAAAAGAAAUUCCAGUUGGAAUUAGAACAGUCUCACCCAUCACUAGUUAGAGCCAUGUCAUUAAUACCUAACAAUGCCAUUUCUCUCCACAAACUGAUAUGUAUUCUAAUUGCAGUACAUUUUAAGCCCCCUAUUAUGUUUAAGUUGCAUCAAAUUAAGGUGAAGCAUAAAACCAACAUGCCAAACCAAAUCAUAACAGAGGAUUACAUGAACAAGCAUUGUUAGUGAUAGAUGCUUUUUGUUAUCCAUCAAAUAAUUACUGUUU